AUGGCCACAGAGGGCGCCACCGUUAUCAAGAUCAGCCUCCGAGUUGAAGAAGAAACAGCAUCGUGCAGCAAGGUGGACGGAGCCAGCAGCAAUCAUACAGUGUACGACUGUAAAAAGCAGACCUCCUGUAGAGUUUGCAAAAAGCGUCAUCAUUCCUUGCUGCACCCUUACGGAGAGCCAGAGAAUAAAGCAACGCCUAUGGUGGAUAGCACUAGUUCUUCGACUAGUGAUAAUCCCAUUGUGACGUGCUUGUCUACAGAUGUUUAUGGUUACAUCGUCAAGGAAGGCAUAAUUAAGAGUCCGUCUGGUACUCUUAUGGCACAGAACACCACUUUAGGGUGGGUCCUUUCCGGUGUUGUCAGUUCGGAUAUUGAUAGGUCAAGGCAUCACAUUAAAAAUAUAACCGUUCAUAAUGCACAGUUCAACGAAGAUCAACUCCUGAAAAAGUUUUGGGAGAUAGAAGAGCAAACUAGUACAAAGAAAAUCUUAAGUCCAGAAGAGCAAAAAUGCGAAGAAUUAUAUAGUAAAACUACUAAGCGAGAUGAUACAGGAAGAUAUAUAGUACACUUACCGUUCCGCGAUGAUAAUCCUGAAUGUAAGGCCGGAGGUUCUCGUGAAAUAGCUGAAAUAAGAUUCAAAUCGUUAGAAAAAAGAUUAAAUAAGAACACAAAUUUAAAACAAAGGUAUACAGAAGUAAUUAAUGAGUAUUUACAAUUAGGACAUUUAAGAGCUGUAAAAAGCGACGAUAAUAAAAUGAAUGAAGCGGUUUACUUACCCCAUCACGCGGUUAUUAGAGAAGAUAAGACCACGACGAAGGUACGUGUUGUGUUUAAUGCUUCUGAAAAAAAUAAAAAGGGAGUAUCGCUCAACGACACUCUGAUGGUUGGGCCGACACUACAAGCCGACUUGAGGCAUACAAUUAUGCGAUGGAGAGAACAUGCUAUUGGUAUUGUGGCGGACAUCGUUAAAAUGUACCGUCAAAUUAGGGUAACUGAGGAGGACGUCGUAUAUCAAAGAAUACUCUGGCGUGAUGAUCCAAAAAAACCAAUAAAGGAUUAUGAGCUGCUAACGGUGACUUUUGGAACAGCCUCGGCACCGUAUCAGGCAGUUCGAACACUACAUCAAAUCGCAUACGAUGAAGGAGACAAGUAUCCUCUGGCGGCUGCUAAAGUCUUAAAUAAUUUUUAUAUGGACGAUUUAAUGACUGGAUGUGAUAGUAUAGAAGAAGGCGUAGAAAUCUGUAAACAAAUGAUGGAAUUACUGGAGAAGGGUGGCUUUACAUUGCAGAAGUGGAACAGUAACAAUCAAGAAUUAGCUGAUAAGAUUACUUCAAUACAGCAAACAGGUCAAAUAAAAAAUGAGGACAAUCAUAGGGAUAAGGACAAAGAGAACAUAUUAUUAAAGGAAAAAGAAAUACAGACCAAGAACAUAGAAAUUAAACUAGAUAGUACUAUAAAAAUUCUGGGACUUACCUGGAACCGCUUAAAUGAUACCUUCCUAUACUCGGUGAAUCUCCCGCCGCCAACAUCUACAUCUGUAACAAAAAGAUUUAUAAUAUCCGACAUAGCUCGCUUGUUCGAUCCAUUAGGUUGGUUAGCGCCUAGUAUAGUCCUAGCAAAGAUGUUUAUUCAGAAGUUAUGGCUGACAGGUGUUGGUUGGGAUGAAGUUUUAAGCCCUGAAUUAGUAACUGAGUGGAAGACUUACCGCGAAGAGGUGUCAUUACUUACCAAAGUGCGGAUACCUCGGUGGCUUGGUACAAGUUCGACUGACGAUCGGGAGCUGCACGGGUUUAGUGACGCUUCCAAAGCUGCGUAUUCAGCCGUAGUUUACUUGAGAAUUAUCGAUUCUACAGCCAUCCUAGCAGGUGGAAAACCUUUGUAG